GUCAUUUUAAGAAGGUUUAACUUUCAAUAACAAAGCCUUUCUUUGCCAUGGCGGCAAAAGGAAGGGUGAGGAAAGGCACCCGCUGUUGACCCCCGUUCCAGCAUGAUCGCAAGCCUUGGGGAUACUGAACAGCUUAGGCGAAAAAGUCAGUCCGCCCCCACCCCCUAUCAGCCCCUCCCCUUAGCCAUCCCACUCGCACACACGUGUGUCAGAGCCAGCUGUGUGAAUGCACGCCGGAACAUCUGGAGGGGGGGGGAGCUUGGGGCCGCUCUCUGGGCUGGCAGAUCCUUCCUAGCUUCUCUUGCAUCCCCUUCGCUUCCCCCGCCCUUCGCCCGUCUCCUUUCCUUUCUCCUUGUGUGUGCCUGGUGGGGGCUGCGGUGCGGUGGGAACUACCCGCAAAAUCCAUCAGGCUGCUUUCUCCGAAGGUGUGACUGUUGAGCCGUCGCUUCUUUCGCCCUCCGCCGGGUGCAGCUUCCAGGUCGCUGCAGGGGUCCCGCCCUCCUCCUGUAACUGGGGGAGAAGGAAGGGGGACCUGGAUGGGACUUGAACGUCCCACGCCUGUUUGGGACGCGGCUUGCCUUGCCAGGAACGCGCUCCGCGCCCACCUCGGCAGCACCACGGACAGCUCCCUGACUGCCCGCGCCGGCGUUUGCAGCCCCUUCCAGUCUCUCUCCGGCGGUGGCUGCUGCCCGCGCCUGUGAUUCGGGGAGAAAUCUGUCCGGCGGCAUGGAGGAGGGACACUGGAACCAGAGCGACCCCAACAGCACCCAGCUGUCGUGCGGUGGCCCCAACAGCACCCUCGGGGCAAGUGGCGGCAGCCAGUGCGGGGGCUCCGGUGUCAGCCCUUCCAUGAUCACCGCCAUCGUCAUCAUGGCUCUCUACUCCAUCGUGUGCGUGGUGGGACUCUUUGGCAACUUCUUGGUCAUGUAUGUCAUCAUCAGAUACACCAAAAUGAAGACUGCCACAAACAUCUAUAUUUUCAACCUUGCUCUGGCGGAUGCCUUAGCAACAAGUACACUGCCAUUCCAAAGUGUGAAUUACCUCUUGGGAACGUGGCCAUUUGGUACCACCAUUUGUAAGAUUGUUAUAUCUAUAGACUACUACAAUAUGUUCACUAGUAUUUUUACCCUCUGCACUAUGAGUGUGGAUCGCUAUAUAGCUGUUUGCCACCCAGUCAAAGCUCUUGAUUUCCGUACCCCCAGAAAUGCCAAAAUUGUCAAUGUCUGCAACUGGAUAGUUUCGUCAGCCAUUGGCAUCCCAGUUAUGGUCAUGGCGACCACAAAAGAAACUAGUGGAUCUAUUGAUUGCACCCUUAAAUUUUCUCACCCAACCUGGUACUGGGAGAACCUGCUGAAAAUCUGUGUUUUCAUCUUUGCCUUCAUCAUGCCAGUCCUAAUCAUCACAGUUUGCUACGGACUCAUGAUAUUACGCCUGAAGAGUGUCCGAAUGCUGUCUGGCUCCAAAGAGAAGGACAGGAACCUAAGAAGGAUCACCAGAAUGGUCCUUGUGGUGGUGGCUGUCUUUAUUGUUUGCUGGACUCCCAUCCAUAUUUAUGUGAUCAUCAAAGCUUUGAUCCAUAUUCCAGAAACUACUUUCCAGACAGUCUCCUGGCACUUCUGUAUUGCUUUAGGGUACACAAACAGCUGCCUUAAUCCCGUCCUUUAUGCAUUUCUAGAUGAGAACUUUAAAAGGUGUUUCAGAGAAUUCUGCAUCCCAACAGCUUCAACCAUUGAGCAACAAAACUCCACCCGAAUCCGACAAAACACUCGCGACCAUGCCUCCACUGCCAACACGGUGGAUAGGACUAACCAACAGGGGGGAAGUCCAUCUUAUUCAUUUGUUUCUCCUUCACCCUCCAUGGGGACUCUCCUCUUCUCUGAGAAGCAAGUAUCCCUUUUUCUUGGAAAGCACUAGGUCCACAUGAGAGACUCAUUGUAUAUGCAUGGUGGGAACAUUGCAAUGGUGAUAGAAGAAUGAUGGCAACAAGUACAGUGACAGCGGACAGUUGACAAGAAUACAAUGGAUGGGAAGAGGCAGCGGAAAACAACCAACAGAAGUAUCUGAAUCUCUUCUCCAAACCUAUUUUGUGAGCAGAUUUGGGGUUUCAGACCUGAUUGUCAAAUUUGACUUAUCCCUGUUUAGGUAACCUUAACGUAGAGCUAUCAACACUACAUAAAUGUUGUGGACUGGCCAUACAUUUUUGAGAGCUUUCUCCAUAAUAGGUAGAACACUUAUUAUGGACAAAGUUUGUUCCCCUUUUUUUGUGAAGACAAAAUUGUGUGUCUGAACAAACCACAAACAGUUUUGACUUAUUUAUCAAAAACAUUUUUUUAAUAGCUUCUGGAGAUAGCAAAGAGCAACAUCAAAUCUGCUCUAAAACAAUAAAAAAGAAAUAAAAUGAAGUUAUUUUUUGAGAAAUAUAAUGGGCUUGUUCUCACAACCAUAGGGCGUCGGGAAGGUACACUCCUACUUUGUGCCUCCCAGACAACCAAAGUCUCUCUGGGCUCUGCAGUUUGCAUACCUACACGGCUGCUGCAGUGGCAUUCUCCAUUGCUGAAAUUGGGGGCUGGGGCCUCCACAUAUCCCACAAUGCAUUGUGGGAGCAGCAGAGAGGCAACCCUCAGUACAACAAUUCUCCUCUCCCUGGUCCCACUUUCCACAAAACUCUAUGGGGCGAUUCUCACGAUCAACAAAAAUCGGGCUAGCAGAGGCUAGCCCGAUUUUUGUUGACUGUAAGAACCACUGGGCUCGCAGCCGAGCCCAGUGGUUCUUGAGCGGGUAACCCGUUCGAGAACCCCUGCUAAAAGGCAGGUUUGCAGAGCGAGCACUCCAGCAAACCUGCUUUUUAGGAUCAUGAGUAGCUGUAGCGUGCCUUCACGCUGUGCCUACUCAUGAGUAGACCCCCCAGCCAGGAGGCAAAAAGCCACCUCCCGGCUCCGGGGGUCUCCCCAGUAUGCCCUGCGCACUCACGCAGGGCAUAGGAAACAUAGGAAGCUGCCAUAUACUGAGUCAGAGCACGGCCCCCGCUCCCCCCACCCCACGGCUCCGUCACGGAGCCGGCCUCCGUGUGGGAGGCCGAUCCGGCCACCCAGGGCUCCCUGCCCACUCAUCUGCGGGGAGAGCGGGCUUAGCCUGCUCUCCCCACAGUUGUUACAAAAGUGGGUUUCACGGAUCGUGAGACGCGCCUCUAUGAUAAACAUGGCUGCUGGCAGCCCAGGAACAGUUUAAAUAGUGCUGGCUCACAGACGACAAAGGUAGGAUAGCUCUUUUCUUGUCCUACCUCUCUUUAAACCUGGGUAAACAGAUCUGGGCUUUCCAGAUUUGGAACUUCUGGGUUGGGAGGACUACCGGUUCCUGGAUUAACCCCUUCAUACCUAGGUAUCUGUGGCUGUGAGAACAACUCUAAUAUAUUCUAUUAUUCUGUUUGUCGUACCCAUUGUAAAUACUGAAAAAUCACCACAGGCUAAGUGGCUAUAAUGACCAUUAGGGAUUAGUAAUUUGCUUUCUAAUGCAAGACUUGAUAAAUAAAAUCAUGUAAUGCAUUGUGCUCAUUAUGAAGCCCUUUAAGCCCCUUGGUUUCCUACUGAUUUUGCCCCUCUGGUGCAACAAACAGCUGGACUGUUCAUAAGUUGCCAGGUUAAGAGGUAGCAACCCUAACUUAAAGCCAUGUACACAGCUGUAGUAUCGCUAUAACUGUUCUCUAGUGCUUCGUCCUGAAAAUGGUUCAUGUGUCUCCAUCCAAUCUCAUAGUUUUAUGCUGCUUAAGAUCUAGGUGCAAUUGUUGAAGUACGUCAGUGAAAGGGUGGCUACAGAUGCAAUACAUAAAGUGUUUGCCUUGAAAGCUAGUUCAGUGGCCUGCAGCCUUCAGCUUAAUUGCUAUAAAAAAUGUAGCUGCACCUUCAUUUCCAAACUGUAAUCCAUUUUAUAUUGAGACAGGCUUUGUGUAAUUAUGACAAUGUCCUAAUAUUAUAUUCUGAUAGUAAUCAUACAUGGUAGCAAACAAAUAUUUCAAGAGAGAUGUUGCUCAUUUGCAUGAGUUAUUUCAUCAACCCUUGACUCGUUUUGUGGUUGAGCUGAAAUGCCAUUAUCUAUCUAUCUAUCUAUCUAUCUAUCUAUCUAUCUAUCUAUCUAUCUAUCUAUCUUUAUUCAUUUAUUUAUUUAUUUAUUUAUUUAUUCAUUCAUUCAUUCAUUCAUUCAUUUAUUCAUUUAUUCUAUUAGAUUUAUAAACUGCCUAAUAAAAGCUCUCUAGGCAGCUUACAUAAAAUUUAAAAAAUUUUUUAGAAACAACCAACAAUUAAAAGAAAUAAAAAUAAUUAAAACAUGAACGAUGGCAAUCUCAUUAAGGCCUUUCAGUGAGUUAAUGUUAAUGGGUUGAAUGCUGUGAUCUGAGAGGACUGCUUCAAUCACUAUCAGUACUACCGGAAGUUAACCUUGUGUCUAAAAGUGCACCAUGAAAGGCAUUUUAUUCAGGAGCAAUGUGUCGACACCACACUCCGGCUGUUGGAAGCAGUGCUGCAGCCAUGCCUGGCCUUUUGGGAAGUGGGUGUGGUGCCCGGAAAAGUGCAAGGGCAGUAGAAGAGCAGGUAAGGACCUGCUUUGUAAGAGAACCAAUCCCCGCCCCGCCGAACCAGUUCAAAUGUGGGUGCCUGAGCCAGUUCAGCACUUCUAAGGUGCUGAACUGGUUUGGGCACAUCCCCCCCCCACCCCGGUGCCAAGAACGCUGGGUGCCACCACUGAGCAUGCUACCCUGCACUGGCCACAGCCCUUCCACCUGCACCAGCAUGCCUCUGAAGUAGGUUUUGCCAGCAAAGGGCAGAGGUAUGCAGCCCAUCUAGCCUGCAGGUGCUGACUUCUCUAGCCUGGGUGCUUCUUUCCUCUCCCUCACAAACAGGGCCUGCAUUCGUGUGCUGACACAGGGAUAAAGGGCAUGGCCAACAUGGCAGCAACAGGGGGCAUGGCACCCACCCUCACAUCCUGUUCCAGGGCCGCUGCCAAUCUUCCUAUGUCCAUCGAAGAAUUCAAAAUGACUGCUUAAAUCCACAUUUUGUCCCAGCAGCAAUGCUAAUUUCUGUGAACCAAAUGCUUCUUAAUCUAAUGGAAACAUUGAGACCUAAAUUACAUGAAAAUUCAGGGUACUCUCUUGAGAUGCCGCUAAUGAAUAUUUUUGCCAUUUAUUUUCUAACAAAUACUAUUAAGAAGACAUUUCCAAAAGACAACAUCGAGUGGAUAAUUGCUGAAUGGGAUGGGACAGAUGCCUAGUGCUGAUCUUUCCCCUUAAAUUUCUAUGUGUUGCAAAGAGGGAGUGGAAAGAUCAUUUACAGUAUCUCUUUAUUAUGCAAAGAAAGAAUAUCUUGCUUCGCCAUUAAAGAAACCAAGGAGUGGUAGCAGGAAAAUAAGAUGCCAUUUUCAAGAAGGAUAUGCAAAAUUGAAGCUAGUCUUUUUUUCAUCCUAUAUAGAAAUACAGAUUUAAAAUGGAAUCUCUAACACUCAUUUACUAGUAAAAUAAUACAUGCUGUUUCUCUGCAGUUAGAGAUUUAUCAACGCUGGGGAAAAGCUUCAUUUUUGCAUCAAAAUGCUCCCUGCGAGGAACAUGAGAUGCCAGCCAGAGGAAGACAGAGAUUCCUAUGGAGUUGUGUCAUUUGGCUCAAUGGCCAUAGUGCUAGUUUUGGAGAGCUUCAGAAAUCAGCCUUGAUGAAAGCAUAGCAAGUACGGAACCAUAUGGGUAUUUAGUACUUCAGUCAAGGCACCUGUGCAAAGAUAUUGCCAUAGAUUAAGGGUGUCGAACUGCAGCCCUCCAUCUGUUUUUGGCCUACAACACCCAUCAUCCCUGGCUACAGACCACUGUGACUGGGGACUAUGGGAGCUGCAGGCCAAAAACAGCUGGAGGGCUGCAAUUUGACACUCUGCCAUAGAGUGGUGUAGGGUGUUUUAUUUUUGUUUUUUUUAAAAUCACAUUGUAGUGGAAUCAGAAAAACAGUAGUCAGGGCUUAACAAAACAUGUAAAUACAUUCAGGUUUUGGGCUUUAUUCACAUGCUGCUACCAAAGUGAGCAGAAUCAUCAAAUAUCGGGAGUGGGGGAUGGUUCUAGGGCUAUAUUCUUUCAGCUUGCUGUAAAUGUUAUUGAUAUAGCCAAUUUAAAAAAAAACAAAAAACCACUGGCUGACAUGAUGUGCAAUGUUACAGAGCCAUAGUGUUGCACCCUUUGGGGCUGCAGCAGACCCCUAAUGCAGCCCUGAAGCUGUCAAGAAUGGGCAAUAGCACAAGCCGUGCUUCUACAGUUCUCCCCAUUUUUAUGAAUGGGGGAAACUGCAGAAGAGCUGCUUGCACUCCUGCCUGUUCUUAACAGCAUUGGGGCUUCCUUAGGAGUCUGCAGCAUCCCCAGGCCACGGUGUUACAGCUCCAUAACGCUGUGCAUCAUGUCAGCCCACAGAAAUUUAACAACUUCCUAGGAGAUGAGGGAAAGGGGAGGAACUGUUUGAUAUUUCUGUUGCAUUUGUCUGGGUCCCCCCACCCAAGCUUUUAAACUUUUAAAAUAGAGUCUCAGAAGUGCAUAUUUUUGCACAUAAGUGGUAGAUUUAGGUUGCUGUUGCCUUCACAGUGAGGAUGUUUAAGUACAGUUGAAAACAAUAGGAUUUUAGCAGCCUAACUGUGCAGAAGGUUGGAGCUGUAAGUAGUCUUAUAGGAUGCAGUCAACUUACAAAAACUGGUCUGACUUCAAAUAGCUUUUAAUCAAUGGCUUCAAAAAAUAAAUAAAGAGGGAGAACUAGUGUAUUGUAGUAGUAAAGAGUCCAAUCUCAUCUCUGCUGUUAACUAACUAGGUGACCUUAGAGAAGCCACCACCACCCUCCGCCCCAGCUACAGUACAGGGAGAAUAACUGUUAUCUUACUGGGCUGUUAAGGAUUACAAGCUCAUUCAUGUUAAAUGCUUUGAACACUCAAAACACUUAGCAUAGAAAUGCUAAGUAAUACAAUUAAAUGAAAACCUAAUUUGUCUACCAGUAGUCUAUAUAGGACCCCCUUAGAAGAGAAACAGUCAGCAAUCUGUGCUUGAUAUGUAAUGUAUUCCAUGCAUGUGUGGGUGGGUAUGUGGUUAAUAUUUAUCUUUGGUAUUUUGGGAUGUGUAAGAAAGACCAAAAGCUCAACUGGUGUAAACCAGCAAAGUUGUACAAUUCAGUAGAAGUUUUCUGAUUUACAAGAUGAAGAUUUGUCCCAUAUAUUCUCAUCUUUGGGUAGAAAGUUCAAUUACUGUCACUGCUAUUCAUGAUUUAGAACUUUUUGUAAAGAUCUCAAGUAAAGGAGAACCUUGGUGAUAUGAACCCUAGAGACAAACCCCGAGCAAGCAAUCAACCAAAGGCAUUCUUUUGUGCCUUUGGUUUCGUGCCUCAGCCACCCAGGGAAUAGUUAUCAGCUUGACAUGAGCUUUUCCAACCAAUCUGUUUGAAGCUUCAGCAUGAGAAGGUUGAUGCAUGCAGUCAGGAAAGGUGAAUAAAAAAAUCAUCAACCUCUCAUGGAAAUCCCAUUGGGGCUGUUGAAAUGAUAAAAAGAGAAGAUGGGUAGAACUGGGGGGGUGAACAAUUGUAGGAAAAGCACAGAGUGGCUGAAAACCCUUCAGCAUGAAAAGGGGAGUUGCAUUUUGAUGUUAUGUAGCAGCACUUCUGUUUCAAGGGGUUCAUAAACACUGAAGUUCUGCUGUAGAAGCUUUGCUCUUUUGAAAUCUGAAAAGCAAAUGUGUUUGUGUAUGCAGAGGACUUCCUCCUUUAGCCUUGGAGCAGCCAAUUUUCUUUCAGAGAUAACGAGUCAGUUCCAAUCAACCAUUGUACAUCUUUUGAAGGAUUGUGAUAUUUCUGCUUCCCGUGCACAUCUAUAGAUGUGAUGCCUCUCACACAGAUUCAUUCCAUAGUGGCAGAGCCAUAUUAUCUCCCUCUCAUGGUUCAGCCCGUACAUCAUUUCAGUCCUGAAGAGCAGCUGAGACAUCUGAGGGCUCCUUCAAACCUAGGGUCAAAGGAUGUUCACAUAAAUCAAAUCAAAUCAUCUUUAUUACAUUUCCAAGACCAGCAUAAGAUAGUGCACAAUUAAAAGCAAACUAUGGAACCAAAAAACUAUGUUACUUUAAAAUUACGACUCUAAUACUAUAAAACUAUAAUAUAAUAUUAAAAGGCUGCCAACCUUAAAAGAAGAGAGUAGCUAUGAAAUUAUUAAAAUUAUAAGCAUAUAAAUGUGGAAUAUAUAAAAUACAAAAGGCAGUGGCUAAAACAGAGUAUAGCAAAUAAAUCAUCUAAACAGGAACACUAAAAAUAAUAGUAGAAUCAACUAUAUUAAAAACUAUGCAUAGCUGAUGCAAGGCAAUGGCCUAGCAGUCAUGGCCUGGCAGAUCGUACACGCCGCCACACAGAACUUGGCAGUGUUCAGGGCACACCUAGCUCAUUUUGGUGCCCAGGCUGCCCCCGGAGUGAGGCCCCCCAAAACCUACUGGGAGGGGCCUGCCGCGCCGAACCUUCUUCGUUGUUGGCUUUUCCGAUUUCAGCCAUCGUGCGGCCAAGGAGUGGCUACUGGGGGAUCAGCCAAGCAGUCCUUUCCCCUCCCCCAGCAGCAUGGCUUGCGACGAUCUCCCUCCAUUGCGCAGGCACACCUCACAGUUAGCAAGAUAUGCUGGGCUGAGCGGACAGGACCAGCGUCACUCCAGCCGCCGGGGGGUGGGGGAGAAGGAUGGCUCAGAUGACCCCCUUGGCAGCCACCCUUCGGCCACACAGUGGCUGAAAUGUUUUUUUAAAACACAAUGGAGGUUUGGCACGGCGGGUGCAGGGUGGCUUCAGGAGGCCCCGCUGGACCUUGGAGGCCACGGACUGGGCCAUUCAGGAACUGCAGAUAGGCAAAAAUCACCUAUAUUUCACCAAAUCACCUAUAUUGCUUGCCGAGUAUAAAGAAACUGGGUUUCUAAGACCCAUCUGCGGAUACAUGAAAAUUCACUCUGUGGAUAACAAGGGUCUCCUGCAUUCAUAUGGCACUUUUAAAGAUACACAAUCUUUAGCUCAUUCAACAUCACAAAGAGUCCUGGGAGCGGUUAUUGUUCCCAUUUUGCAUAGGAGUAAGUGAGGCUAGAAGAUGACGACUUGCUCACAGAUACCCACCUCAUUGAUAGUUUGACACAUAUGCCCGUAUAAACUAUCCACUAGCUCACACUGGCUCACUAGUAUAAUAAAACACAGUUAUAUUAGAAGCUGCUGCUCGUGUUACAUUUUCCAUGGAGAUGAAGCACCAUGGUUUACGUUGGAACUGGCCCAGUGUCCUCAACCUUUGUGGCUUCAUUAUAUAAUGUAAAAGAAGUAUUCUUGCCUUCUCAGAAUAACUUCAUUCUGCUUUAUUCACUGAGAAAGAAGUAGCAAAUGCCAGACAUAUUCACCAAGUAGCAUUUGCGAGUGGAGAAAUUAGCUCAUUUUUCAUUGUAUUUCUUUCCUUGCAGCUGGAACUUCUUGAAGCUGAACCCACACCACUGCCGUGAGUGACAGGGUCCCCUGCUGUGUAGCAAGCAUAAGUCAGUGCUGCUGCGCAGCUGCAUUAUUUGCUGUGGGAAUGUCAGGAGACUGAUUUUGCCCUCUCUUACUCCCACCCCCUGCCCCAGCCUAAGGCGAGUGCCUCCUUUUAACAUCCAUCAGAACAAUUUGUCUCUGUGGCAAAUUGCCACUCCAUGCUUUGGAAUCAAAUAUCUUCACAAUAGAGUAAGGCAAGAUAAGGAUUUUAUAUCCAUUCUCCAGUGCACUAAAAUAUAGCCACCCAAGAAUGUACGUGCUGUCACAAAGUAUGGUCCUGGAAUUAGAUAGCCCUACCCUAAACCAAAUCAAAAUUACAGUAGAACUUAAUUACUUAAUAGAAGAGCAGAAGUAUAUUUAGUACAUUUGUAUCUAGGGGUUUUAAAUAAUUCUUUUAUGUAUGGGUAUAUUGUUGUGCAGGAUGUUUUUUCUUCAUAAAAAUAUUUCCAGCACAUAUUGACAGGGGGGUGGGGGUGGGAAAGAUUGUACAAGAUAGCUGUUGUAAGAAGACAGAUCUAAGCUACCUCUAAAAUUCAAUGAAAAGAAACAAAGAAAAGAUUUCCUUUUAGCUGAGAUUGAAGUCAUCAUGUAGAAGUCAUUAGGGACAUACGAACCAAAGUCGAGCUAGUUCACCAUCAAACCAGGCUGGCUUAAGGCUCACCCUCAAGCCGGACAGGGCCCGGUUUGGCUCAACCUAGAGCCAAUCCCAACCCCAUCCGGCUCAGGGGUUCUAAGUAAAAAAAUUUUUUACUUAUUACCCCUGUGACCUGGGCAUGUGAGAAUAGUCAGUGUGCCUGCACAGCAGCCUUCAAAAUGGCCACUGCGAGCUGGGAGAAGGUCAAAGAAGACCGGGGGGAGGCUAGCAGGGGGAGGGGAGCCUUCUGAGACUCCCCUGCAUGGCCACAGCAGCACCCCCUGGAGGCUGGGUGAGUUUUAAUAUUUAUUUACUUACUUACUUAGAACUCCAAACCAGCUUGAACUUGAGCUGAGCCAGGGUUCUAGUUUGGGGACACAAAACAGGUGUGAGUCCAAUCUGGACUCGAACUGAACUGGGCAAACCAGUAUUGUGCACACCCCUAGAAGUCAUCCAUUUCUCUAGCAACAAGAUUUCAUCAAAUAAUGUUAACAGAAAGGAGCAUCAGUAUUCUGCACUGACUUAGAAGCCAUCAUUCUCUACACAUGUGCAAAUAUAUGAACUACAAAACCAUAGAAUUUUCUGUUUGGAGAAGUGGAUGACAUAUGAGCAUCAGCUGGACAAGCUGCUGUGUGAUGCUAAUUUUGGGUAUCAAAAGAAGAUAACCCUUGUAAGUUUUGUAAAUAGCAUUGUAAAUACUUGUACAGUGCUAAAGAAUUGGCCAUGAAAUAUGUGGUGGUGUUGCACUUUUUCAAAGCACAUCCACCCAACUGGGCUAUGUCCCACACACAUAAUUCAAACAGACCCUUCUGUUCUGAAGGUUCUUUCUAUAUUUGGUCAUAACAGAUAGUAUACAUUAUCUCUGUAACAAGACAUGUAAAAUAGAGGGGUGUGUGUUCACCUAGUUAAACCUACAAAGUAUUUACACAUUAGUUUUUGGCACAGUUUAGAAAAUGGAUUUCCUAAUUAGCAAGUGGGAAAGUAUACAUUUCUUUUUAAACUAGAUGGCAGUUUCAUGUACAUAGUCAUACUAUAUAAAAUUUUCCUAUUCCAUUAACAAUGCCAUUGUCUGCAUCUCUGUUUUAUGAUAGCAACUAGCAUAAUUAACAGCUUCAAAAAAAUUACCAUUUUUUUGUAAUUACUGUAAUAAUCGUACAGAUAAUGUGCAGUUGUAUAACAUUUUCUACUUGUUGUUUAGUGUAUGCUGUAAUUAAAUGGUCAACAACUACCCAGGAAGCAAAAAGCACUUAGGUGAAUUUGUGUGCAUUGUAAAGAAAAUCAUACCCAUUGCUUUCCUUGUUUUAUUUUAGUGUCUACUGCUGCAUUUUCAUUGCUGCUUUGAUGUUAAAUUAUGUAAGUAGUACUUGUUUCAUGUUAAAAAUAUUUUUGUCAAGAAGGGAAGUCAACUCCUCAUUUGGAGUGCAGAGAUGGAGCUAAAUAAGUGACAUCAGUUUACAUUAGAUCUUUGUAUCCAUAUGCAUGAGGGAUAUGUGUACAAAAAAGUGCCUUAGUUUCUCUUAUGACUCAAAUCUCUUUUGAAACCAUGCUUUUAUUAGCCAAUGGCAGACCACACUUAUGUUGUUAUAUAAUUGGUGGUGGUGGUGGUGGUAGUCUUGAUUUUAUUAUCAACUGUUUUUACUUAUUCCUUUUAGAACAAAAUGAUUCAUUACAACUGAACAUACCCACCAACCAGCAGGCUACCAAACUAGUUCCUGCCCCACCUCAACCCUCACUACAACUCUUAGAGAAGCUAACUCAAAAGCAUUUGGCUCAGCAACAGCAUUUGGCUCAAUUCAGACUUCAAAAGGAAAAAAGAGCAAAUCAAAGGGGAUGAAAAUUUAACAAACUGAAUCAAAAGGGUGGGGGAAGAAGUCAGAAAAUGAAUAAAAGGCAAAAGUAAAAGUUUGAAAGGGAUUUCAGAAAAGAGCAUCCACCAAAUGUAAGAAAUACUACUACUACUUAUAUACUGCUUUUCAACAAAGGUUCUUAAAGCAGUUUACACAGAAAAAUGAACAAAUAAUAAAUCAGAUGGUUUCCUAUCCUAUAAGGGCUCACCAUCUAAAAAUAGACUUAAGGUGGACAUCAGCAACAGCCACUGGAAGGAUGCUUUAAUGCUGGGUUGAACAGGGACAGUUGCUCUCCUUCUGCUUAAUAUAAGAGAUCCACAACUUUAAAAGAUGUCUCUUUGCUCAGUUAGCAGGAGUGAAAUAGGUUGUUACAAUGCAGAGGAGUAUACUGAGUGUCUGUCUAGAUCAGGCCUGCUCAACUUUGGCACUCUUGCAGAUGUUGGCCUAUAACUCCCAUAAUCCCUGGCUACUGGCCACUGUGGCUGGGGAUUAUGGGAAUUGUGGUCCAAAAACAGCUGGGGAGGCCUAAAUUGAGCAGGCCUGGAAUAGAUCAAUUCAGAAGCCAAUAUUAAAAUAAAGAUCAAAUUCAAUGUUUGUGAAGGUGCAGUUGAAAAACAUUUUAUGGGCAGGUUGAUUCACACUUUAUUUAGCAGAUGUAGUGGAGGUACACAUCCAUAACAAACACACAGGGACACUCAGCAGGCACACACACAAAAGUGAGCUGUGAUUGGCCAUGAUACGUGCAUUCACCAGAUAUUCACAGACAUGGUUUCUUUUUCCACUUCAUAUAUCCCAGGUGUUCACUGGGAGUGGCAAACCUAUUUGCUUCAUAAAAUGUGAAUUGGUCCUACAACAAAGGAUCAAUAAACAGGGGAAACAGCUGUUGAAAUAGAGUCGUCCUUUAGAAUAGCUUCUGGGUAGUACAACAAAGUAACUUAGUCUGAAUGUCUGUCUCUCUCUCUGUGUGUGUAUAGUUAAAUGUAUAUACUGCCUUUCAUACAUUUAUCCCAAGGCAGUUUAUGAGGUUGAAACCCAACAAUAAAAUCUAUGAAACCACAUUAAAACCACCGUCAAUACAAACCAUACAAUAUGAGACAGAGAAACUUUGACUAAGGGGCAAAGGCCUGAAUAUAAAGCAGGGUUUUUACUUGCUUCUUAACGGCACCAAGUGAAGCCAGGGAGCAGAUAUCCAUCAGGGGUGCAUUCCAGUGUCUGGGGGCAAUAACAGAAAAAGCCCUGUCCCGUGUGAACAGUUGAGCCUCCUGAAUCCAGAAGCAAAUUGGCAGCCCGUGCAGCUCUUUCAAAAUGCUUCUAAUAUGCUCCCAAUCAGUGGCUCCGGACAGAAUCCUAGCUGCCACAUUUCACUCAAGUUUCCAAAUAUUCUUCCAAAGCAACCCCAUAUAAAGCACGUUGCAGUAAUCAAGCUGUGGUGUGAAAAAGGCAUGAGUAACCAUGGCCAGAUCUGCCUUCUCAAGAAAGAGGGUUAUCUGGCUCACCAGCUGAAGCUCUGCAAAGUCAUCCCUGGUCACCACCUCGAGCUGAGCAUCAAAAAGAAGAGCUGGUCCAGCAGUACCCCCAGACUGCAUGCUUGCUUUUUCAAGGGGAGUCAAGAGCCAGUCAAUUUCCCUCAUCCCGAUUGGCUCCACUGCUGUCCAGCAGCACCUUCAUCAUGUCUGGAUUCUAUGUCAGUUUACUAGCCAGCCCAUCACUGCCUCCAACCCCGGUUCAGAACAUCCACUGACUUCCUAGUAUCACAAGACAAUGUGAGACAGAGCUGAAUGUCAUCUGCAUAUAGAUAUGUGACCUUAAGUUCAAGAUCUGAGACAUGUACAGUCUCUGGACCAAAGGUCCAUAGAGGACUAACCUUUGGACUGAACACCAAAUCAGUUUAGGGAAGCUCAGGAAAGAGCAUUCACAAUCAAAUCAGGAAUUAUGCUCCUAAUCUAAAUUGGAUUGGCUUCAAGAUCGUCAUAAAUGAUCAGGCCACCAGAACAAGCAAAAAUGAGGCAGUCCUAUUGAGAGGCGGGCUCCAGGAACACAUACACUGAGGCAGCCUUAGAUUUUGCCCUAAAAGAAGAAGUCCAAGAGCCUAACUUUGCAAGGCAAGAUAACCAUGAAUGCUCAAUAAAAUCACAGACAGGAGAAGCAAAGGGAAUAAUGCAAGAGGAGCCAGCAGUUCAAAGCAACCAGUUGUGCACACAACUGAUGAGAAGCCAAUGCUAUUUGUCUCUUAGAAGGCCUUUCUAUAUUGCAGGACCUCCAAAAGAAGUAACACCCUAAACCAGCUAGUCGGGACUGAGGGCACAGAUGCCACAGUACAGCCUCUCCUUACAGCUGGACUUCAGGCAAGUAAGAACCUUGAUUAACAGAAAUCAGAGCAGCCAUGAAGAGCACCAGAGAACCAGGACUUUUAUCUGGAUGCUGACAUUUGGCCUUUGAAAAUUACUGUGUGAACGUUUUGUCCAGAUAAGCUAGCUCAGUUCAGUUCUGCCAGUCCCUAUGACUUCUUCACAGUGAUUCUUUGCUACCACACUGGCAAGCAACUGUAGCUUCUUACCUUUGGGAAGGUGUUGUAUUCCAUCCAGUAUCUUUUAUGUUUUGUUGUUUAGAAGUUUCUCCCAGUGGGGAUCCUGUAAAAGUGUGUGGGGGGGGGGGGUAGGGGGGGGUAGGUUGGAGUCCAAAAGGAAGAGGGAUGAGAAGGAGAAGGAGAAAAUGGAGUUGUUUCUGAAUAAACUCUAAGUAAAAAUCUAUAUAAGAUCACUGUAUUUGAGAGAGAAGCAGCUAUAAAACAUAGGGUGAGUCUCUUGUUAGAAAGGGAGGGUUUUGAAGCUAAAGGAACUAACAGCGCAAACAGAGGCACUCUAACUCCCAGACCUUGGGGCCCCAGACUGUGGCCUCCAAGGUCUGGGGGGGGUCCAAAUGUCUGGGGGCCUCCACCCCCCACAGCCAUCCCUCGGCCACGCAGCGACUUUGCUUUUUAAAAAAAGGCACAUAAAUUAGCCGCAGCAGGAGACCCCCUCCCAAAAAUAGGUUUGGGGGGCCUCAUGGGGGGGCACCUGGUGGGGGGACCUCGUGGAAAGGCUGGUUUGGGCACCAAAAUCAUCUAGGUGAACCCAUGAGUGCAUAGCUAAUCUAUGAAAUUCUCUGCCACAAGAUAUGGUGAUAGCCACCAGCUGGGAUGGCUUCAAAAGGGGCUUAGACAAAUUCAUGGAGAACAGGUCUAUUAGUGGCUACUAGUCUGGUGUCUUUGGGCCACCUCCAGCCUCAGUGACAAGAAGCCUCUAAAUACCAGUUGCAGGGGAGCAACAGCAAGCGACAAGGCAUGCCCUUGCCUCUUGCCUGUGGGCUUCCCAGGGGCUUCUGGUGGGCCACUGUAUGAAAUAGGGGGCUGUACUAGAUAGGCCUUGGGCCUGAUCCAGCGGGGCUGUUCUUAUGUUAAGGAAGAGGAGAAUAGAGCUUCCUUUCUAAUAUCAAGAAGGGCAAAGCAGUCUAGGGAUUUGCAGCAAGAAGCUAAUCCACAGACAAGUGUCAGUCUUUGGUCUGGAGGUUAAACUUGAAAACCCAGUAGAUACAUAUUCCCAAGCUAUUUGGAGGCUCAUUUACUUAACUGGGCCGUAUUCAAUCAUAAGUAGCUGCCAGAAAGGAACCAAUUACACAUGCAAGUUUAGUACAUUAUUGGAAGCAUCUAAUUUAUUGUCUAAUGCCAAAUGGAAACCUGGAUUCGCCAAGAACAACUUGGGUAGAGAACAAUCCAAUUAAAGAUCCUAAUCUGUUCCAACAUAGAUCUGGAAGUUUAUAAAAAAUCUAAAUAGGCUAAAUACUCAGUGCUCAUUAAACACUUAUUAUGGUACUCUAGAAGAUGAUAUAAUUAAAACAGAAGUUGCAGUUUCUUGCAUCCAUCAACUUUCACAGACACUCUUGAUUACUUUAGAUCAUUAUUUUUAAAUGUCUUUUUGCAUUGCAUCCUCUCUCUGGUGGUUAGUCAAAGCACAAGAAUCUGAAAUAAUCAUUUGGCUUAAUACAGGAAUCAGUUUCAGUACAUGAUUCAGCACACCUUAUUGAAGCUAUUUAUGGGAAGGCCUUGUGGCAAAGCAUAAACAAACAUUGUUGAACUGUGCUUUACUGAGAAGGCAUGAAUAUUCAUGGUGUAAUUGCUUUACAGUAAAUUAUGACAUUUGCUUUUUUGCAUUAAUAAAGAAUUAACUUGACUCAAA